AUGUAUAUCAAGCAAAUUAUCAUCCAGGGCUUUAAAAGCUACAAGGACCAAACCGUCAUCGAGCCCUUUUCUUCAAAGACCAACGUAAUCGUCGGUCGCAAUGGUUCGGGAAAAAGUAACUUCUUCGCAGCUAUUCGCUUUGUUCUUAGCGAUGCCUAUACCCAAAUGAGUCGCGAAGAGCGGCAGGGACUUCUCCACGAAGGCUCAGGCUCUGCCGUUAUGUCAGCAUACGUCGAAAUUAUUUUCGACAAUAGCGACGACCGAUUCCCGACCGGAAACAAGGAGGUCAUCUUGCGUCGUACCAUUGGUCUAAAAAAGGAUGAAUACUCGGUAGAUCGCAAGGUAGUCACCAAGGCCGAUGUCAUGAACUUGCUUGAAGCUGCUGGAUUCUCGCGAUCAAAUCCGUACUACAUUGUUCCGCAAGGACGAGUUACCGCCCUGACAAAUAUGAAGGAGUCCGACAGGCUCAAUCUGUUGAAGGAGGUGGCGGGAACACAAGUGUACGAGACACGUCGUGCAGAGUCGUUGAAAAUUAUGAACGAGACAAACAACAAGAGAGAAAAGAUUGACGAGCUUCUGGUUUACAUCAAAGAAAGGCUUAGUGAGCUGGAAGAGGAGAAGGAAGAGCUCAGAGGCUUCCAGGACAAGGACAGAGAGAGACGAUGUCUCGAGUACGCAUACUACCACAACAUACAGCUCAACGUUCAAUCAGCCCUCGAGGAGCUCGACAAUGCUCGACAGGAUGGUAUCGAUAGCUCCGACACCAACCGCGCAGAAUUUUCCGAGGGAGAGAAGGCGAUUUCAAGGCUUGACUCAGAAAUUCACAAGUUGCAGAGGGAAAUGGAACUUCUACAAAUCGACCGCCGACAGCUGGAGGAAGACAGACGUGACACUGCCAAGACUAUGGCCAAAGCUGAGAUGAAGACCAAGAACUUGAAAGAAGGCCAGUCUGCUCAGGAGCAAGCCCGAGCCCAGCAUGCUGCUGAUCUCGAGUCUGUGCAGAACGAGAUAGCUUCGAAAGAGCAGCAGCUGUCCACAAUUGUACCAGCAUAUAACCAGAAAAAACAAGAAGAGGACAAUGUUCGACGACAACUCGACCAUGCCGAAGCCACGCGCAACCGCUUGUUUGCUAAGCAGAGUCGUGGUUCCCAGUUCAGAAACAAGUCUGAGCGUGAUGCAUGGCUGAAGAAAGAAAUCCAAGAACUCGAACUCAAUAUCAGUACACAAAAAGCCAACAAGAUCGAUGCAGACGAGGAAGUUGAAAGAGUACACGAAUCAAUUGCUCAAGCAGAGCAGGAGGUUGCCGAGUUGCGAAAUCGUUUAGCUAACUUCAGCGCUGAGCGAGCAACCCUCGAAGAGGAGGCAGCCAAGGCGACUGACGUGAUUGAAAAGCUCAACGACGAAAGGAAACUCGUCAGACGUGAGGAUGACAAGCUCAAUUCAGUCAUAGCCAAUUCUCGCCAGGAGAAGGAGGCUGCUGAGCGCGAGCUGUCGCAUACUAUGGAUGGAGCCACUGCCCGUGGUUUAGCAACGAUCCGAAGAUUGAAACAGGAACGUGAUAUUCCAGGAGCAUAUGGAACAUUGGCGGAGCUACUUGAAGUAAGCGAUGCCUACAGGUUACCUGUAGAGCAGAUCGCCGGCGCAAGUCUCUUCCACUAUGUUGUUGAUAACGCUGAUACCGCCACCUACCUCGCAGACACUCUGUACAAACAGCAGGGCGGUCGAGUCACUUUCAUGCCCCUUGCUCAACUACGACCGAAGCAAAUCAACCUCCCUAGGUCCAAUGAUGCUGUACCUCUCCUCAGUAAGAUUUCAUACGAUGACGAGUACGAGAAGGCUUUUCAACAAGUGUUUGGCAAGGUCGUUGUCUGCCCCAACCUAACCGUAGCAAGCCAAUAUGCACGAAGCCACGGCGUGGACGGUAUCACUGCUGAAGGUGAUACAACCAACAAGAGGGGUGCUAUGACUGGUGGAUACAUCGAUCCUCGAAAGUCGCGCUUGCAAGCUGUUCAGGCCGUGAACAAGUGGCGAGGCGAAUACGAGAGACUUCUGGCUCAGUCCCGGGACAUCCGACGACAGACAGAGCUCAAGGACCAAGAAAUUACAGCAGCUAUGUCGGAGCUCCAGAAGGCUAGGGAGAGGCUACGACAAGCCGUUGAUGGUUUCGAGCCGCUCAGGCAUGAAUUGAUGAACAAGUCGAAACAUCUUGAGAACGAGCGAACUCAUCUUGAUGCAGCUGUGAGACGCCGAGACGCAGUUGAAAGCAACAUGAACAGCUUUUUGGAAGAUCUUGCUGGCCAUGAGACAGAACUCAAGUCGGACUUUAAGAAGAACUUGACUUCUGCAGAAGAACGUCAGUUGGAGGAGCUUACCAACAGCAUCCAGGAACUCCAGAAGCAAUGGAACGAGCUUAGCAAAGCCCGACGUGAUUUGGAAAGGCAGAAGCAGCUCCUUGAAGUUGACCUUCGCCAGAACCUGCAAAUGAAGCUUGACCAGCUCAACAGCCAAGCCUUUGAAAAUUCCUCUUCUGGAUCUUCCGCUGGUGGAUUGAAGGAGGCUCAAAGGGAACUUAAGAAGGCGCAAAAGGCACAAAAAGCAGUGGAAGCAAGCCUUCAGGAAAUUGAAUCGAAGCUGGACAACUCGCAAGCCCGUCUAGAGCAACUGGAGAACGAGAGAACUCAGCGGGAGCAGGCCCAGCAAGAGAUUUCCGUAAGGAUUGAGAAACAGCAGAAGAGAAUGGACAAGAGUCUCCGAAGGAAAGCCGUCCUGACAACACAAGCCGCGGAGUGUGCCCAGACCAUUCGUGAUUUGGGUGUUCUCCCGGAAGAAGCCUUCGAUAAGUACGAGAACAUGGACCCCAAGACUGUUUCAUCCAAGAUCAAGCGGGUAAACGAUGCACUGAAGAAAUACAAGCACGUCAACAAGAAAGCGUUUGAACAGUACAACAAUUUCACAACGCAGCAGGAACAGCUUAUGAAGCGACGUAAAGAGCUGGACGAGUCUCAGGAAUCUAUUGAGGAACUGGUUGAGCACCUUGAUCGUCGAAAGGAUGAGGCCAUCGAAAGAACAUUCAAGCAAGUGUCAAGAGAGUUCACAACGAUCUUUGGCAAGCUUGUACCCGCCGGUCAUGGUCGCCUGCUAAUUCAGCGAAGGGCGGACCGUCGGCAAGAACCUGCAGACGAAUCUGAUGGGGAGGCUCGAGGUGCCGUUGAAAACUACACAGGUGUUGGAAUCAGUGUGUCGUUCAACUCGAAACACCUUGAUGAACAACAGAAAAUCCAACAGCUCAGUGGUGGCCAAAAGAGUUUGUGUGCCCUGUGCCUCAUUUUCGCUCUCCAGGCUACUGAGAGUAGCCCUAUGGUUAUUUUCGAUGAGGUCGAUGCCAACUUAGACGCCCAAUACCGUACGGCGGUCGCAGCUCUUCUGGACUCUAUCUCCAACGAGAUCGGCACUCAAUUUAUCUGCACCACUUUCCGACCUGAGAUUGUUCAUGUCGCUGACAGAUGUUAUGGUGUCACAUUCCGCAACAAGACCAGUUCAAUCGACUGCGUCAGUACAGAGCAAGCCCUUGACUUCGUCGAGGGUCAAGCCAAGCCUGCUUAA